UCACUUUCGCUGCGACUCGGCUGCGACCGAGUGAGGAGAGAUCCCAGUCGCGUUCGAGUUGUGUGUACUCUCACUAACAUCCUCAGUGUGCACUUUAGUUGCCCGCCCCGACUCACCGAAGCAGCUGCGACUACGGCGAUGCUGCUGUUCCUUUCCUUCUUCCUCAUGGGCGAUGGACGACCCGUGGGCAGCAGCUCGUCUUUCCCGCCGUCAUCAUCCGUACACUUUGUCCCUCCCGGAAGAGCACGAAGAUGUGCCCACCCUCCUACACACGACAGCAGGGUACUUCAAUCGGCCAACACUUGUGCUGGCUUGAAAAUUUUCGACGAUUCGCUUGCGACCUGCAACGCGGUCAUCAACUAUGAGGUCAAACCGCCGUUCGUGCAAGGCUCCGACGAGGCGGGGAUGGAGUGCCUGUCGCUGGCGCGCAGCAUCGUGUUGCAUCCGAGCGGAGAGACCUUCUUCUACAUCCUCGAUCAGAUGUGCUCGACGGACAAAGGUAUGACAGAACCCAUCAGGCGGCGGCUGUCGUUCUACGAAUCAAUCUUGAGCACGCAGACGCAGGUUGCAGAGGGUAGGUUGAUAAGCACGUCGUGGCCCGGGUCCGACGGGGCGGGAGCGCAACUGCUUAACUUCACGUGCGAUGACAAGAACUGCACGAGGAACAUGGAUGUAGUCACUGGGAUGGUAAUCUCGAGGUCGGGAUCUGAACUGAUCUUGUCGGGACACUAUCUUUCCAUUCCGCCGCGAUCGUGGCUCAGCGCCCUCAGUACGGAAAACGGUGGGAGGGUUUCUACCCCACUGAUUAUGAGCUUCCCGGGGGGGAUGGCCAUUGAUCCGUCCAUGACGAGUUUGUUCUUCACGAAUGACCAGGUGCCUCCUCGUCGCAUCUGGUCUUGUCCUGUUUCGCUCAAUGAGAACGGCGAGAUGUCGAAGGAGGGACCCUCCACUUUCACACCUCUCCCAGUCUUCAUGUUCGAUCUGUUUCACGAGUGGGAUACCUCGUCCCUUUACCUUGGACCUUAUAGUUUCCCUCGCGAUGGCCGGUGUUUGUACUUCGUCGAUCGCAAUCCCGGCGGCAGCGUUUGGGCACUGGAUCGUUCAUCGAACGUGGUCAAUCUCGUCGCGGGAAGGGGAUUACCCCCGCCGUACUCGCCGCACAUAACAAGUAGCAGUAAUCAAAGCAGUGGAAACGGUAGCAAGAUAGUGAUGUCUAACGCUUUGAACGUGUCGUUCGGAGUGCUGUACGACCUCGCUGUGACCGAGGAUGGUCUGAUCAUCUUCGUCUCGGAGAAAGACACAGGUCUUGUGAAGCUCAUUGAGCUGGACGCUCCAUGUGGAGGCGGGAGGAGAGUCAUCGAGGUAAGUGAAUACCUAUUACGUCCCGGAGCGGGCGUGUAUGGGUUGGCCGUUGGGGGAAACAACAGUGGACUCCUCGUCUUGCUGCUUGGUUCCGACGACGGACACGUGUUCCAGCUCAGCAUCAACCGGUCAGCUCUGCAGUCCAACAACCUUGGUCCCGGUUCUCCCCACCCUAACCCCGACAUAACAUCCACUUCCUCCCCCUCUCCCUCCCGCUCUUCUUCCCCUCCACACAACGAUGGACAAGCCAUGGCCAUAGGUCCAAUUGCCACCGUAGUGAUCUCUGUUGUUCCUGUUGUAUUAGCGAUGGUGGCCUUCUUCCUUGUCUUUUUGUAUCGAGUACAGGUCGCGAGAGCCUGCUGUAUGCGACGUUUUGUCCCGGUUCCCGGACUCACGAAGUAUCCUUUGGACACAAUAAAGGUCGUGACAAACAAUUUCGACCAAUCUCGACAGGUCGGACAACCGGGAGGCUUCGGCAGUGUCUACCGGGGAUUACUGCCGAACAAUGAUCCUAGUCGAAGGGGGAGGGACGUGGCGGUGGCGGUGAAGGUCAUGAGACAGCCAUGGACACAGGCUAAGGAAAGCAUGUUUCAAGCGGAGAUGACCAUUCUCGGCCCGUUACAUCAUGUCAACGUGUGUAACCUGAUUGGCUUCUGCGCAGACGAGGGACAUCGCAUUUUAGUGUACGAGUACAAGGAGGGAGGGAGCUUGAACGACAGACUAUUUUCAAGACUUGACGAUCGACCAAGGGAAGAAAGAGAAGAUGGAGGAGGAGGAGGAGGAGGAGGAGAAGAAGCAGUGCACAAUCUUCGCUCUCAACUGACUCUGAUAGAGCGAGGAGGAGGAGGAGGAGGAGGAGGAGGGGAAGAAGCAGUGCAGAAUCGUCGCUCUCCACUGACUCUGAUAGAGCGUGUUGUGGUUGCCCAACAGAUUGCCGAGGCUCUUCGUUACCUUCAUCACUUAGCUGAUCCCCCAGUUAUACAUCGGGAUCUAAAGAGCCAAAACGUGUUGUUGGGAGGAGGACGAGGGAGGGAGAUCAAGGCAUCCUUAGCGGAUUUCGGUCUUGCCAGAUUUCUCGAAGCGAAGUUCCUAACGUCAGCCCCCACCGUAAUACAGGAAGUGGCGGGAACGGAUGGGUGGUUUGCUCCCGAAUACGCCCGACGGGGAAAGCUGUCAAGGAAGAUUGACGUCUACUGCUUUGGGGUUCUGGCGUUGGAAAUGCUCACUGGAAGAAGAGCCGCAGUCCGUGGUCAUGGGAAGGGUCAAACUCGAUACCUAGUUGCUGACGAGGGUAAACACCUGACCAAUGUCGAUAAAAUCGAUAUGAAGGAGUUCGUCGAUCCUUCUAUUAGAGCGGAAAUGGAUGAUCCUGUGAUGAGGGAACUAGCAAGAGGUAUGAUGCGUGUCGCUGCCGACUGUCUGAUUGAGGAGGAGAAGGAAAGGCCAAAAAUCCAAAGGACAGCUGCCGUGAUAGAGUCUCUUCUGGAGCAGACGAGAUGACAAGAACCCAAAGGACAGCUUCGGUCAUAGAGACGCUUCUGCACCAUACCUUA